GUUUCUUCUUCUGGGCGAGCUGCAGGCGGGACAGACAGAGGGGAGUAGCCGCCGCCCGGCCGGGAUGGGGGCGAGCAGAGCCGCAGGGGCCCCGCGGCGGACGGGCUAGUGACUCCCGGGGCGGAGCGGCAGGAGCGGGAGCCGCCCGCCCGUUCCCCCCCUCACCCCCGCCUCCCACUCGGCCCGGCCAUGGAGGAGGAGGGCAUGAAGGAGAGUGGUGAGAAGCUCCGAGGUGCCCAGAUGGCAGAUAAGGCUGGAUGGAUCAAGAAGAGCAGUGGGGGCCUCCUGGGACUUUGGAAAGACCGAUACCUCCUGCUCUGCAAGGCACAACUUCUUGUCUACGAGAAUGAGGAUGAGCAGAACUGCAUAGAGACUGUAGAACUGGGCAGCUAUGAGAAGUGCCAAGACUAUCGAGCUCUCCUAAAGAAGAAGCAUCGGUUUAUUUUGCUUCGAUCUCCUGGGAACAAGGUCCAUGACAUCAAAUUCCAGGCUCAGAAUGGGGAGGAGAAGGAGUCUUGGAUCAAAGCCCUCAAUGAAGGCAUCAACAGAGGCAAGAAUAAAGCCUUUGAUGAGGUUAAGGUGGACAAGAGCUGUGCCCUAGAACAUGUGACCCGGGAUCGGGUGAGAAGGGGUCAGCAGCGCCGGCCACCUACAAGAAUCCACUUGAAAGAGGUGGCCAGUGCUGCAUCAGAUGGGCUAUUGAGGCUGGACCUUGAAGUGCCAGACAGUGGGCCCCCCUCUUUCACUUCCAGCAACAACAUCAGUGAUUCCCACCCUACAGAGAUACCUCGACCACCUAUGCCUCCAACCAAACCCCCCUCCCAGGAUCUAGAGAAGCCAAAUUUGGAAGAUAGUGCUGAAAAACAAGAGUCAGAGGAGAGCACCCCAACUCCUGCAUCAGAUGAUCGCCAGGACCAUCCUGAGCACCAGGGUAUGGCAGAAACAACUGAGGAGGCCUUGGAAACCUCAACCCUGCCUGGAGGUAGUAAGGAGAAUCUGACUGAAGGAAAGAAAAGCUUAGAAAAGCCUCCUGAGCCACCUCCCAAGGUCCAGCCUGAGAAACUGAAAGUAAGCUGGGAAAAUCCAAGCCCAGAGCCUCCCACCCCUCCUGGCAAAGAAUCAGAUCAACCCGCCAGUUCAGAGACUGCUUCCAAGGAGGGAGGGAAACCCCCGGCCCCUCCACCAAAGAUCCUGUCUGAAAAAUUGAAAGCAUCUCUGAAGGGGAGUGAGACUACCAGCUUAGAGCAAUGCCAGGACUCCCAGGCUGCCAAGACCCUCGAUCCUGAUCCAGGUUGUUCCCAAGUUUCAGUGAAUGGCCUGACUGACCAUGCAAAUGGUGUAGAACAUGUUCUAGAAUCAGGUCUGCAGAGAGCCAUGGAGGAUAGAGGGGACCAGAAGACUCCCCUGAAGGAGGGUGAGGAGCAGCUAGCUCCUGCAGAGCCCAGCUCAGAUGCCUUGGGGGACAAAGGAGCCCAGGAGGGCUCAGGAGCAACCCUCCAGGAUAAGUCCCCUGUACUGCCAUCACUGCAGCCCCGAUGCGCCUCCCUCGGGAACCUGCUGACUGAGAGUGACAAGGGUCAAGGUCUGUGCCUGGACAGGUUCCAGCUGGUCAAGAUAGAGAAGAAGGUGACUUCUGAAAGGGAAAAGACUGAGCAACUCUUGAGCCAGGCCCUAGGCAGGGAGUUGGAGCAUGCCCAGGAGGGAAAUGGACCCCCUGUCAAUGCCGAGACAUUGCUCAACCAGGCUGUAGAGCAGCUGAGGCAAGCCACCCAAGUCUUGCAAGAAAUUAAAGUUUUAGGAGAACUGAACAAGGAACCAUCGACCACCCUGACAGAGAAGCAGAAAGAAAAGCAGAAGGACCUAGUGACUCUGUAUAGGAGAAGUGCUCCCUAGGGCAUGCUUAAGCACUUUUUUUCUUCUUUUUUUUCCCCUUUUAUGGUCUCCCUCAAAAUUUUUAUUCACCAAUGCUGUUACUGGGCCAACAGACAGUCGUAAGUCUGAGCUUGGCCCUAUCCCUUGUCCAGCCACUUUCUUAGCAAUGGCCCCUCUUUCCUCUUCUCUUUGAUGCUCUCUUUCUAGUGAAGUCUUCUCUCCAUUGAUGUGGAGGGAUGACAGCCUGCUGACUGGUAAACCAGUCAAUCAUGUGUCUCCAUCUCGCAGCCCUGCAGGGUUAACAUCUAACCCCAAAUAGCUGGAUAUACCCAGGAUGCCUCAGGGUGCUCGGCCUCAGACACAGGGAAGGGGAUCCUUCUGGGGGGGGCAUGAAUACCCAGGCUCAUCUCUGCUGUGUGGUCUCCAUCUAGAACAUCUGUUCUCACCUUCUGGCCAUCUGUAUGCUCAUUUGAAAGUGAAAUCAGGCUGGGUGGUGGAUCAAUCAGGAGAGGAAAGGCAUCUUUGGAAGGAAGGCCAGUUAUGCUAGAAGAGAACAGUCAUACACUGUAACUGUUCUGGAAAUUCUGUUCCCCCUCCUCUCAAUGGGAAAUUGUUGUCUGGUGUUGCCUGACCAUAUCCGUAGAUUGAAUCUAGGACUAGGGCUUUCCCAAUGUGGUCUAGGCUGGAGCUAUUGAUCAGUAGACUAAAGGAGAGCUAUGAAGUGUCUGGGCCACAUCAUUUAGUCAGGAUUCCCCAGGGAUCAAUGGUCCCUAGAGACUAGGCCAGUUGUAUUUCUUGGGGUGUGUUUCCCUCUGCCAUUAUCCUGAUGCCCUACGUGGGCAGCAUAGAGAGAUAUGAGUGAUGAUAGGGUCUGCUACCCACUCAGGGAGAAAAGUUAUGGCUGCCUUUGAUCGUUCUUAAUGUCUCAGUAUUUGUCGUCUUAGCCACUUUGGUUUAGCUUUGGGACCAUUAUUAACCCUAUAUCCUGAAGGGGGCUGGAGGAUAUGCAAGAGCUUACAUUCUGGGCUCCAGGGCACAUCAUCCCUUCGCUUUAUUGUGUCUUUUGGGGAAAGAGAAUUUGGGGGCAACUUCAUUUCCAAAUACUCAAGGACUACCUAGAUGUAGAUCGACCUAUGCCUAGCAAAAAAGAGUUUGAGUCUUUCUACUUUUUGGUUCCUAAAAUUCGAAUAGUCAAGCUGAGGCCCUUUCCCAGACCAGCGGGGGUUGUUGCUGCAGAAUAAGGAGGGAUAGGGAGAAGGAAUGCUGCUUGGCCUUAGGGGACCAAUUAGCUAUGGCAUUCUGAGCCAACAUAGGUUUCAGUGAUUCUCUUUGGAAGGGCUCUCAAGGGCUCACCUGGUUCAUCCCUCUACUUCUGGGCAGGAUUGUGACCCAGACUACCCAGCUUCUUAAAUUCUUACAUUAGUUUCAAUUCUGGACACUCAAAAGAACCAUUUUUUUUUAGAUUUCAAAAUAAAUACACCUCUAGGAGGAUCAUAAUUUUUGCCCUCCUUGAGUGACCUUUACAUUUAUGCCGUCUAUAUGCUUAGUCUCCUUGCUUCACCUGGAUUGGUUAAAUAGCCUUCAGGGGUGUCUAUCAGGCCAUUUCUUGUAAAUGACCACGAACAUUCAUUUGAGUGGUAUUAGUUACAGUAAUUGAAUGGAUGGAACUUGUCCUGGGAAUGAGUAAUUCCUCUCAGCCCUACCAGUGGAUAACCAGGUCAGGCCGGGCCAGAUGAGUGAUUCCUAGUGAUUUCCACCAAAGUCAGUGUGGAUGAUCUGGGAUAAAGUUGGACCUUAUGAUGACUAGUGUCCUCCAAUGUCCUUACCUUUCUCCCUUCUAAUCAUGCACUUGCUUUUCCCUGGGGCUGGAGAUUUGGAUGGUUCAGUGAAAAGAAGGAAGAACCAAGGAAGUGACAGGAAUUACAUUUUCUCUACCUUUCUUUCCCUGGUCUCAAAACUGCCUCCUCUUCCAGGGUUUAUAGGGGGAGGGAGGAGCGGGAUGGGAGAGGGGAGAUGUCACAGUCAGUUUGCCUUGUGUGUCACCACAGAUUAUCAAUUUAUACUGUCUGGCAAUGUUUGCCUCCCUGGCCUCACUCCCUCCACCAACCAAGACUGGACUCUGCAUUUUCAGAAGCUGUUCUUGGUACCAAUCAGCUGCUUCCCCAGGAAUAGCCUGGAGCUCAAUAUCCCAAGAUGUAAGCAACGAAUAGUUAACUGUUAUAGCCAGGCGUUCGGGGACCUAACCCAUUCUAGAAAUUUCAUUAAAGCUCCCCCCACCCAAAGUCUAUGCUGGGUUCAGACAUUUUCCAGACUUUUUUUUUUCGUUUGUUUUUUUGCCUGAGCACUUUUUGUUUAGUGAAGGAUUAAAAAGAGAAUGCCACCAUGGACCUUCCUAAUAAUGCAGCACCUGGCAUAGUGCCUUGCACACAGUAGUCAUUUAAUGUUUGAAUUGUGGGCUGGCCUUUGUCAAGCACAGGCAUUGGCUACAGCAGAAAUUAGCAAUGUAAGUUCAUGCCUUAUUUACUGAAAUUUUAUCUUAUAACACAAGAUAUUGCCAUGAGUAAGCUGGCCUUUCUCCAGGGUGGUGCUGGAGGUAUGGGAUGUAAUUGGACUCAUUCCUAGAAUUCUGCUUUAGAGAGGUGUAUGGGGACUUGUUUGCUGACAGUCUUCAGCUCCCUUUAACUCUGAGACACGCACCUCGGUUCUGCACAACACUCAGGGCUGAAUGGGGAUGGGAGAUGGGGUGGAUCUCCCAUUUCUGGAGGUCACUGUAGGGCCUCCAGUUACUGGAAAGUGAUGGUAAGCAGGGCUCAGAGAGGAAAGGAUGGGGGUCUCCAAGAGGAGGUGGCACCCUAGAGUAGGCAGCAGGCCUAUGUUUCAUGUAAAUAAGAAACAAUGUGUAUAUUUUGCAAAGGAUUCCCACUGUCCUCUCUCUCCCUAUGAGGAUGUCCCUCUCCACCUCCACCUCCACCUCUCAAGGGGUGCUGGUUUAAAAAACUGAACUAUUUCGUCCUGUCCCAAUCAACUCCCUUUUAAGGCCAGUUUGGUAUCAGCUCCACGUAUAGGGUUCCCCUUUCUUAAUGAAAGAGGUCCUGGAAAGGGGUGAGGGGACAACAAAUGUGAAUGGUGGUGGCUUUGCCUGUUUGGCCAGAGGAGGAGGAGAAAUAGCAUUCAGCAUCUUUUGCUUCUAGAACGUGACAUAAUUUUUGAGAGUUGGCAAUAAAACCCCUUUUUAAGUA